AACCCACCUUCUUCGCUUGCAAUCAUCGUGCAAAUUACCAUAUUCGUUUGCGUCGUAUCUAGCCCAUGACUACCGAUGGUCAAUGUAGCUGGCCGUUCCAAAGGAUGCUCCAACUGCCGAAAACGCCGCGUCAAAUGUGACGAGACACAGCCCACUUGUAAGAGAUGUCAAAAGCUGGCUAUCGCUUGCGACGGCCCCAGAACGCUCGUGUUCGUCGCAGGAAAAAUCGUCAGGUCCAGACGGACGCAGCAUUCAUCGAAGAAAACGACGGACGUGACAACGACAUCUGAAUGGAAGACAGAAGAUGUUGAGAAAUCGGCCUCGGUCUCUCCACCAUAUCAGUCUUCAGUUCAACACGUAGGGCUGAGAUUCAACGAGUACGAAGUCUACAUAUGUCAUCUGCGCCAAUACCUCUAUCCCAAUGGCCCCGUUGACCUAGGACUACAACAACUUCGGACCUCGGACCUUGCUCUUGGCCGAUAUCCAACCAUAGGUGCAGGCGCUAAUCCUUUGUUCAAUCAAGCAGCCUUGACCUUUGCCACGUUGUUAUUUGGCGCCCGACACCACCAGGCUCGCAUCCUUGCCAAGGGUUACGACAUGCAUGGUGUCGCGCUCCGGCAGCUGAACCAAGCACUCAGUGUUCCGGGAUGUCAUGAGCGAGACGACAUCAUAAACGUCAUCACCAUCAUGGCUAUGCUUGAGAUGUGCUUACCAAGUGGCCCCAGAAAUUGGCUAAAACACAUGCUGGGGCUAGAACAGCUCAUAGCACUUCGUGACCCAGGUUCGCUGGCAUAUGCUUCGACUCAAACGCUAGAGUUGUACAAAGGCGUUCGACACAUGAUCUUGCUUGCUUCUUUGCGAAAUAGAUCUCCAUCUGUUCUGGCUAGACAGCGAUGGAAGGCCGUUUUACAAACGCCUCUCUCACUUGAAACAAGAGAAGAAAGGGAUUUGCAUAACGUAAUGGCAGACUGCACGGUACUGAUUGCUGCCAGCGACGAGGUUGCCAGAGCACGCAACACGCACGAUCGCAUACGCUUAGAAAGGAUCGAAGGAAUCCAAAGAAAGGCUGGGGAGCUACUUGUCUUCCUGCAGACAUGGAAACAGCAGUGGGACAAUGAAAAAGAAAACUCUUGGACCACGGAAGAUGACUUUGGUGCCAUUUGCGCAGGUGCUCCACAAGCGUUGUGGACGGUAUACAAGUUCCGCAACGAUUCCAUUGCGCGCAUGUUCAUGCUAUACAGCACUGCCAUGGUGCAUGUGCUUCAAAUCAUCGAAGCAACCGAAGAGUUACUGGCGCAGUCAGGAUUUCCGGGAGGGGGAACCAGCGGUACCGUUCAUCUUAUCUAUGCAACAGGUCUCGAUAUAGCACGAAGCAUACCGGGGUAUCUGCAACACAGGAAAUAUCGCGGUGAUACUGGGUUUACUUCUCCCGUUGUACAGUGGGCAGCUCUUAUGGCUUGGCAAGUACUUGGGCGCGAUGAGUCUGCUGAGGGAAAGUGGAUGGUGGAAGCUUUGCAGGGGUAUAGCGAGUAUGCUGUAGCAAAGGCUGCAUGGGAGGUUUGAUGCAUUUGUUCUAUGAUUUUGUAGUGAAUUUUCGAGAAAGCAAUUGUGAGCAACGAGUUACCUGGACUUUAUACAUUGCAGUUGUUGAUAGCAUUCGACGUACAAGAAAGCUAGGAUACCACCGCGUUGUUAGAACAAUGAGACUUGGAAGUCAACAU